AUGAAGUGCGUUGCGCUCUUGGUUUGCAUUUUGGCAAUCUGCUUGGCCGAUUUCGAGACUGAUUUGAAUUUCAUCAAAAUAUGCAACCAGACAUCCCCUAUUAGUUUAAGGACCAUGAACGAGGUGCUUAUUUACAAGAAGCUCAGCAAAUCGAAGUCUUCCAAUAACUUUAAGUGCUUCCUUCAUUGUCUAUUCACGCAAUACGGAUGGAUGGACGAGGAAGGCGGUUUUGAGUUACACGAAAUGCGAGCGCUUUUGGAGGAGAGCGGUACAAUCCAGGCUCCGGUACUCGAGUAUAUUAUGUACACCUGUACAGCUAUAAAAUCGGUGGAUAGGUGCGAACGGGCCUUCCUCUUUACCGAAUGCUUCUGGGCCAAGACAUCAGAGGACAACGGCGAAGAGGAUCAAUUUUUCUAUUCAUUAGAUGAAAAUCCGAAGAAAUAA